CACUGUUUUUUUGUCAUUAAUAGAGUGGGAAUUUAUGUUAGCGUAUAUAAAAGCUUCCACGUAAGAAUUCAUCCACCACCACUAAACCCAGUGGAGAUUGGAGAGCCUCAACGUCUAAGACCGCCGUCGUGCUGUGGCGUUUUCCGGCGUUCCUAAUGGCGGGGCAGUCACGGAAGUGGAUGAUUCUAGUGGCGACGAUUUGGAUUCAGGCGUUCACGGGGACGAAUUUCGACUUCUCGGCAUACUCAUCGGAGAUGAAGGCGGUCCUCGGUGUGUCUCAGGUGCAGCUUAACUACCUCGCCACAGCGUCGGACCUCGGCAAGGCGGUGGGAGGGUCGUCGGGGCUGGCGCUCAUGUGGCUGCCGCUGUGGGCGGUGAUGUUCACGGCAGCGGUCAUGGGAUUGGUUGGGUACGGCGUGCAGUGGCUCGUGAUUAGCAACGUGAUUGCCUUGCCGUAUUUCGUGGUAUUUUUACUCUGCUUGUUAGCUGGAUGCAGCAUCUGCUGGUUCAAUACAGUUUGCUUUGUUCUCUGCAUAAAGAAUUUCCCAUCUAAUAGGCCACUUGCUCUUUCUCUCACAGUGAGCUUCAAUGGUGUAAGUGCAGCCUUAUACAACCUUGCUGCGAAUUCACUUAACCUUUCAACGUCCGCCGUCUAUCUUCUCCUCAAUGCUUUAGUUCCACUCUUCACAUCAAUCGCAGCACUAGUGCCCAUCGUUCGUCAACCUCCCGUGGAUGGUCCCGACCCUGAUGUCGUUAAGCGCGACCAAUUUACAUUCCUUAAGUUAAACUUGUUGGCUGUUAUCACAGGCCUAUAUCUUCUUUUCCUCCAUCCAUCAAAUGCAUUAAUGGCUUUUUUUCUUCAAUCUUCUAACAUUGAAGGGUCUCCUCAUGGUGCUGAUAAACGUUGUUCUUGUGCAACUGUGAUUGAAAAGGACCGGCUAGUGAUGCUUGGGCAAGAGCAUACAGCAAAAAUGCUCGGCCACAGUUUGGACUUUUGGCUGUACUAUCUUGCAUAUUUCUCUGGAGGCACUAUUGGUCUUGUGUACAGUAAUAAUAUAGGGCAGAUAGCUCAAUCACUUGGACAUAGUUUAAUGAACUCAAAGCUCAUCACUGUAUAUUCUGCCUUCUCCUUCUUCGGUCGCCUGCUUUCCGCUGCUCCAGACUUCAUUCGAGCAAAAGUCUAUUUUGCCAGGACAGGAUGGCUUACGAUUGCUCUCCUGCCUACACCAAUCGCCUUCUUUGUUCUUGUGGCAUUCGGAGGUAACCCAUUAGCAAUCCAAGCUGGAACUGCACUCAUUGGACUCAGCUCCGGGUUCAUAUUUGCUGCUGCCGUUUCAAUAACAUCUGAGCUCUUCGGACCUGAGAGUGCUGGUGUAAACCAUAACAUUCUCAUCACAAACAUCCCCAUUGGAUCCCUCAUUUACGGAUUCCUAGCUGCAUUGGUUUAUGAUUCCAACGCGGUUUCAGGUGUAGGCCUUCUGGCUAAUUCAGUGGUGUGCAUGGGAAGGAAAUGCUAUUUCUGGACAUUUGUGUGGUGGGGAUGCAUUUCUCUUCUGGGGCUAGCAUCUAGUGUGCUGUUGUUCAUAAGAACUAGGCCUGCUUAUCACAGAUUCGAACAAAGUCGAACAUCGACAAUGUUGUAUUAGUGAAUAGUGAAUAUCAUUACAGAUAGAUCAAAAGUGAUCAUAUAAAGUUUGCCUCUACUUAACACUCUUAA